UGUAUGUUUUUGUUGGGGGGAAAAAAGUUCUCGGUUGUCGGUUCGUGUGAAUGCGGCGUUUGGAUUUGGUUUUUAGCCCCUCGACUAAAAGGGGAUUGCGGGUUUUCUCACUCCCCGGAGGAAGAACAAUAGGCGCUCCGCUUUGCGAGGAUCUUUUAAACUCGUAGCGAAACUCGGUGGCCAUCGUUUCACCUCUCCGGUCUCGUUAGCCCACCGAGCUAGCUGCUAGCUAACUAGCCAUCAGGCUAACUCACCUCGCCUCAUAGUUGUCUUUUUUUUGUUUUUGUUUUAUUGUAGAAGAGCUUAAGAAAAUAACAGCUGAGAUGGCGGAAACCAAAAUAAUAUAUCAUAUCGAUGAAGAGGAGACGCCGUAUUUGGUGAAGAUACCUAUCCCCGCCGAGAAUAUUACUUUAUUGGAUUUCAAACAGGUCUUGAACAAACCCAACUAUAAGUUCUUCUUCAAGUCUAUGGACCAGGACUUCGGAGUGGUGAAGGAGGAGAUUUCCGAUGAGAGUGCCAAGCUGCCAUGUUUCAACGGCAGAGUGGUGUCAUGGUUGGUAUCUUCCGACACUCCAGCAGCAGAGCCUCCGGUGGCGGUGGUACCCCCUGCGGAGGUCUGUGCCCAGCCCUCACCCCCUCCCCCGCCUCUUCCACCCCCACCCGCUGAGAGAACCGGGGGCAUCGGAGACUCCAGACCACCAUCUUUCCAUCCCAAUGCAGCCGGCAGCGUGGAGACCCUGGAUGACCAGACUGAAACAGAGUCUGUGGUCUCCUUUAGGAGAGAGAGGCCACGGCACAGAGAAAACAUGGAGCCGCACGGGCCACGUGUGAACGGCCAGACCCGCCUAGAGCGCCACCUGGCAGGCUACGAGAGUUCCACUACAGUGAUGAGCAGUGAGCUAGACACCACCAGCUUCUGUGACUCUGAGGAUGACGACACCAUGAGCAGGUUCAGCAGCUCAACGGAGCAAAGCACGGCCUCCAGACUUUUGAAACGCCACCGCCGACGCAGGAAACAGCGCCCGCCACGCCUGGAGAGGGCUUCAUCCUUCAGCAGCGUGACAGACUCCACCAUGUCCCUCAAUAUCAUCACCGUCACUCUCAACAUGGAGAAGUACAAUUUCCUGGGCAUCAGCAUUGUGGGUCAGAGCAACGAGAGAGGGGACGGGGGCAUCUACAUCGGCUCCAUCAUGAAGGGAGGAGCUGUGGCAGCGGACGGACGCAUCGAACCCGGGGACAUGUUGCUGCAGGUGAACGACAUCAACUUUGAGAAUAUGAGCAAUGAUGAUGCAGUACGGGUUCUCAGGGAGAUCGUACACAAGCCCGGGCCUAUCAUCCUGACUGUGGCCAAGUGUUGGGACCCCUCUCCUCAAGGCUACUUCACCCUGCCCCGCAAUGAGCCAAUCCGACCCAUAGACCCAGCAGCGUGGGUCAGCCACUCUGUGGCUCUGACCGGGGCUUACCCUCCAUAUCCAGGCAGCUCAUCCCUCAGCACCAUCACCUCCUCAUCCUCCGUCACUGAAACAGAACGCUUUGAUGACUUUAACCUGUCACUGCACUCUGAUAUGGCAUCAGUCGCCAAGGCCAUGGCCUCUCCGGAGUCUGGCCUGGAGGUCAGGGAUCGCAUGUGGCUGAAGAUCACCAUUCCCAACGCCUUCCUUGGCUCAGAUGUGGUAGAGUGGCUGUACCACCAUAUUGAAGGCUUUCAGGACCGCCGCGAGGCCAGGAAAUAUGCCAGCAACCUGCUGAAAGCGGGUUUCAUCCGACACACAGUCAACAAGAUCACCUUCUCCGAACAGUGCUACUACAUCUUUGGAGAUUUCAGUGACUGUGAGAACUAUAUGGCCAACCUUUCCUUGAACGAUAAUGAUGGCUCCAGUGGGGCCUCUGACCAGGACACCCUUGCUCCCUUGCCCCUCCCAGGUGCCUCCCCGUGGCCCCUGAUGCACACCUUCCCCUACCAGCCCUACCCCACGCAUCCCUAUUCCAGCCAACCACCACCCUACCACGAGCUCACUAGCUACAGCUAUGCCCCCGGAAGCACCGGCAGCCAGCACAGUGAAGGGAGCCGGAGCAGCGGGUCAACAAGGAGCGAGGGGGAGAGGCGUCGCAGCAGUAAAGGCCCUGGCAGCACCGUGGGGGGAGGUGAGAAGUCUCCUUCUGGUGGAGCCGGAGAAGGAGGUGGGGCCGACUCUCGCUCUGGUAGUGGCAGCGAAUCGGAAUACUCCACUCGCAGCAGCCUGAGGCGUGGUCACGGCUCAGCCACUCCUAGCGAGCACAGCCACGCCUCCUCGCAGCGCUCACAUCAUCACCGCAUGCCCCAGCCACCCCACCUGUCCCCCUUCCCACCUGGCAUCCCGCUGCCCUACAAUCCCAUGAUGGUGAUGAUGGUACCUCAGCACCCUCACCCAGCCAUGGGGCCUCACCCGCUUCCACACGCACAGCAGCUACCCACAGCCCCAAUGCAUCCCGCCCUACCCCCGCCUCCCUCCUCCACACCAGGUGGCCCACCCGGUGCACCCCCGACCCGUGACCUAGGCUCUGUACCCCCAGAGCUGACAGCUUCGCGCCAGUCUUUCCAUUUGGCCAUGGGCAACCCCAGUGAGUUCUUUGUGGAUGUCAUGUAGUAGGAGAGCAGACAAGAAUUUUCCAUUCAUGUGAAGCCAGUGUGCAAGUUCCACUUGUCUAUGUGACUGAGUAUCUGGUGGUAGCUUUUGAGCUCUCAAGGGCCUACUAAGAUUGUGGUUGCUUACUUCAAGUCUAGUGAGAAAAGAGUUUUAUAUUGGCAGAGAAAAAAAAAACAAAAAAAACAUCACAGAAUAUCUUUGCACAGUAAAAGUACAUUUUCUUGCCAAAUUUGUAUACGAAGUUUAGUUUUUACCCCCUUUUACCAGGUUACUAUCAAGAUGUGCAAUCACACAGUUAAACAUAAACAAAAUGGCCACAUUCUGUUCUGAUGUCAACAGCUUGUAAGCGAAUCAGUGAACUUCAUCGGUAUCAUGUUCACAGUUAAGCUGGAUGUAUUGGUUUGCGCUGGCUCUUUUAAUCUGUAUGGCUGUGUGUGUUUUUCAAACUGAGUGAGCUGUACGCAUAAUGUUUGUUUUUCCUCAAUAGCCAGCCAGGUCAGGGGAACAGGAGAGGACUUUCACUGAAGUGUCAUUAUCUGGCUUAAUGGGGACACACUGCCUAUAAGAGCAGAUCAGAGUUGCAGCCUGCAAUCACUACAAACAUUUAAGUCUUUGAUUUGUGCAGAAGCGCUUCUCAAGUCAGUGAUAUGGUUCAAAAGCAUAACUGCCGAACCAGGAAGUACACUAACCACAUUUAUACACUAGAGGGUGCCAAGUACUCGGUCUUUUGGAAUGGAAAUGCUCUUGAAAGCAUAUAUUUACAAUAAUUUGCCAUAUUUGCUGGCACCACACGACACUCUGUUACUUUUCUAAACAGAAGUCAUCAUUGGAGUACUUUUUUUUUCAUCCAACAUUCUUUGACAGUUUUGUUGGUAACCAGGAGUAUAUCAAAAGUGCCUUAUUUUUCAAAAUUUUAUGAGACUGUUACACUCCCAAAGGGUACAAAAAAAUAAAUCAUUUUUGGAAUGAAGUUGGUGCACCAACAUCAAGUUUGAAAUGAACUUCUUUGUAUAUAACCACCUCUCCCAUGUAGAUGCAACAGUACAGAAUAGCAAGCUUUAAUGUGAAAAGAAGUAGGUCAAAUAAUGGCAGCCAACCUGUUUAGUAAGCACUGCCUAGGCCUAGUCGUCAAAUGACCGUUAUUGUGAAGAGUACCGUGUGAAUCUGUACGGGACUGUGGAAUAGUAAAGGUACUAGGUUUAAAGAAGGGUGAUGCAGAAAGCGGUACUAUGGGAUUGCAUACAAUGUAUAUCUUCAAGUUACUGUGACCCAAAUGCUCCAGCUCCCUACAUGUAUUUUGUAUCUUACUGACCCACAAUAUUCAACUAUUUCGAUUUUGUAUGAGUGACUAUAUAGAUCUUGUAUAACCAAAUCAUAAAGGUGCUAAAUGAAGACUCAGCAUUUCAAAAGAAUGACAUUGGAACUGUCACAUUGUUUGAUUUCAUAUCAUCACCUUUGUUUUGUGUAUUUGAGAAUAAAUUUGAUA